CGACCCGAUCGGGAUCAACUCGCCCCCCUUUCCUUUCUUGUGGUAUUCAUACCGUCCUUCCUUUCUCUCGGUAUUGACACUUUCUGAUGAAAACCCACCUAUUCCCCAUCUCGCUUUCCGAAAUAGGGAUUGCAAAAUACGGAGUUGUUUGUUUUGGGAUAGCUACGGCAAAGUUGGACAGAACCGAAAAGGAGCGACUGUUAAGAUGGGCUAUUAAGCAGCAACUUGGAGAACUGAUAAUGAAAUGGCAGGAUCUCUGAGAUGGACGCAAAAUGCAUGCCCCGUGUCAUGGUGGAGUGGGGAUCCCAAGAUCGGGCGGCUUUGGAUGCUGAGCUGGUCCUUGCCUGUCUAUGGGCAGCGGGUAGGAAGGGGUCGAGGGAGGCCGACUCUGGCCAGAUCCAACAGGAUGCUGACCUGAUCGACGUGGCCCGGUAG